AUGAAGCUAAAAGAGUACAUGUUGGAUAGGGACACCACAGCUGCUAAAGAGAGUACAAUCUCAACUGAAAAUGAAGCUAAAAAGAGUGCAAUUACCUCUGGAAAUGGAGCUCCAGAUUGUAAAAAGAGAACGAUUUCGGUUGGGGAAUCUACAGCUGCUAAAGAGAGUACAAUUUCACCUGGAAAUUUAGCUGCAGGUCCUAAUAAGAGUCCAAUAACGGCUGGAAAUGGAGGAACAGAUUGUAAAAAAAGUACAAUGAUGACUAGGGAACCAGUAGCUGCUAAAGAGAGUAAAAUUUCAACUGAAAAUGAAGCUACUGCUGUUAAAAACAGUACACUGAAAUCCAGCAAACCUAGAAAUGUUGAAGAGAGUACAAUAACAUCUGGAAAUGGAGCUACAUUGGCUACAACGAGUAAAUCAUUCAAUAAUGAACCUACAGAAGACAAGGAACCUGUAGUUGCUAAAGAAAGUACUAGAAAUGAACCUAAUUUUGCUAAAAGUAGUACAAUGACGGCUAGGGAAACGGCAGCUGCUAAAGAGAGUACAAUCUCGCUUAAGAGACCUACAUCAACUGGAGAACCUACAAGCGGUGAACCCCCAGUUGCUAAAAGGAGGACAACAUCACCUAGAACUGUUAAAGAGAGUACAAAGACGUCUGAAGAUGAACCUCUAUCAGCUAAAAACAGUACAAUGUUCUCUAGCAAACCUAAAUCUGUUGAAGAGAGUACAAAGACGUCUGAAGAUGAACCUCUUUUAGCUAAAAACAGUACAAUGUUCUCUAGCAAACCUAAAUCUGUUGAAGAGAGUAUAAAGACGUCUGAAGAUGAUCAUUUAUCAGCUAAAAACAGUACAAUGUUGUCUAGCAAACCGUUGUGUGUUAAAGAGAGUACAAAGACGUUUGAAGAUGAACCUCCAUUAGCUAAAAACAGUACAAUGUUGUCUAGCAAACUUUUGUGUUAA